AUGGCCAACGCGAAGCGGCUAGCGGCUCCUACAAAAGCGAUGCACGCUCUCAACACCGAGAUCCCGCUGUUCGUGGCGCAGUUUGAUGUCGAGGUCAAAGGGUGGGUUACGAGCGAUGGCAAGCUGUCGGAUUGCGAGGCCAGAAACGGGCUCGGCUUCGUCAUCUUCCAGCCGGAUCGCGAUUUGGAAGUGCGCGUCAAGCGGCGGUGGUGA